AUGGUUGCUCUCACCCGCCGGAGCGUGGCGCUCUUGGCGAUUGCCGCUAGCGCAACUGCUGCUUUGGCUGCUGAAGGACCGGCGGAGGAAAAUGUACAACUUGUCGCCGAGUCUCCAGAUGGACAACAACCGGCUCAAACCACCCCACUUCAGACCCGCAUCAGUCCCGCUGCAGCGGGAGGCGCGGCUGUUGGGGUAGCGUUGUUGCUUGCAGUCGUCUAUUUCGGUUUCCAAGUUCUGGGCGCAAAGAUCGUCCAAACAGAUGCAAAUACGGCUGGCAAAAAGGUCGCCGAAGAAGUGUUGUAUUGCACGGAUAAGUUCACUCUAAGCACUCCCGGUUACAGUGCUUUCUUGACUCUUACCUUCGAGGGCAAGUCCGCCGAAGUAGUCAAAGGACUUAAAGACGAAGAGAAGCAAACUAAGCUAGAAGUUCUGAGCGGACAACUGCAGGAGUUCCUGAACAGCUUGCAGAAGGACGGUACUUACCCUGUAGAACUUUUCUUCGGUGAUGAAAAAGUUACUGUUUCCGUUGAUAUACGGUUCACAGAGGAAACCACAACGAGCACUGCUGCUCCUGCCGCUCCUGCCGCUCCUGCCGUUCCUGCCGAGACUUCGUAA